AUGACCCAGGUGUCAUUGCUGUCGGUGUGGGCGCUGCCACCUUCGGACGCGACGAUGGCGCUAGGCAGCUGGCUGCUCUUCUUCUUAUUCGCUCGAUUCUUUUUCUCCUGGUGGCUCUUCCGCGACUACGCCGUGCGCAGUGUCGCCACACCGCUUCUCUUCGCUGCCUCGCUGACCUUCUCACUGAGCAUUUUUGAGAUGGUUUUGUUUGAAGUGACGGAUGUGAUGCACGUGAGCAGUCGCCAGUGGGUCUGGCGUGUUGAUCUGAUCGCUAUGACGUAUCUGGUGGUGCUCGUGCUGCCUCUCUCACUGUUCUACGCGAUGGCAAGGGAAUAUGGAGUCGAGAGACGGCAAGCCGCCAUAACGGCCUGCACACUGCUAUUAUUCUAUCUCUACGGCUUCUGGAGAGUCGGCGGGGUGCUUGAGCCAGAUCUACCACGUCAGUCAGUCGAAGCGCUGUUCUCUAUUCGCAAUUUUGUGAGCCGCGUCAGUCUGCUUGGUGUGCUGUUUAUGGCUCUGCUGUCCGGUUUUGGUGCAGUUAACUGCCCGUACGAGUACAUGACGUUCUUCUGGCGACGAGUAGCUGAAGAAGACAUCGAGUUUCUGGAGAAAAGGCUGCGUCAUAAUCUGGAUAUUUUGAUCGCCAAGAAGAAACGACUGACGCUGGAGCUGCGUGCAUCUGCAAGACGCCAAGACGAAGAAGAUUUAGCUGGUGGGAACAAGACCAGUUCCAUCUUUUCUCGCGCGUUCCGCUUCUUCUCGUCGAAACAGGACGACACGACGUAUAUCAAGGGGCUUGAAGCAGAGAUCUUGACGCUGGAGAGUCUCGGACGAGAGCUGUUCCUGGAGGUGAACGAUAUGAGAGACGUGCAGGCCAGAUCCCUGCGGGCGAGGACGUUACGGGGCCGCGUGUUCAACUUCUUCGGCUAUGUCAUGUCUGCCUUCUGCGUGUACAAGAUGGUCAUGAGCACAGUUAACGUGGUCUUUCGGAGGAGCCGAGACAAGGAUCCCAUCACCGACGCCGUGGAGAAGCUGCUGUAUAUCUGGCCAUCACUUGCGGAACAGCUGAAUAUUCGCUUCGUGUCGGAGGUCGCUUCGCUUGGCUUUGUGGGGAUCCUCGUGUUCACACAGACAAGAGGCUUCCUCGUGACGUUGCUCAAGUUCUUCCGCACCUAUUCGAGCACUGUAUCGUCGAAUAGUGUCGUGCUCUGGCUGGCGCACCUCAUGGGGAUGUACUUUGUCUCGUCGUUUGUCCUCAUGCGGAUGAACCUCAGUCCGCUGCAUCGACAACGAAUCGACGAAGUGCUGGGAGAGAUCGAGUUCAACGUGUUUCAUCGGUACUUUGACAUGAUGUUCGUGGUGAGCGCGUCGUGCAGUAUCGGCGUUCUGGCCCUGACCAAGUUCUCCAAGGCCUCACGGACAGCUAAUAACGAUUACGGCGCGCACGACAAGUUCCCGUAA